CUUUGUACAAAAGUCUUGGCUUUAACAUUGUUUUUUUUCUUUCUUUUGUUCAUUAUGAAUGAUCAUUAGUGGAUACCUUUUGAUUUCAUUCCUUAUCUUCCUAAGUGCAUUCCCUCCUAUGAUUGGCUACGGUACUUUCCAAACUCUAUCUGGAUUCACAUUUGGUUUUGCCAAGGGAUUCCCUAUAUCCUAUUUCAGUGCUUUAUUUGGUGCCAUUGUUUGUUUUAUGCUGUCAAGACGUUGGUUAAAAAAACGAGUGCAAUAUACCAUGGCCAAAUAUCCAAAUCUGGAAGCAGUGGUGAAGGCUGUAGAGAAAAAGGGUUUCAAGUUAUUUGUAUUGAUUAGAUUAUCACCUUAUCCAUUCAAUUUACUGAACGUAUUAUUUGCCUCAACAGAUAUCCCAUUAUCUCAUUUUGCUUUGGGUACAGCAUUAUCUUUGAUCAAGAUUGCAUUACAUGUGUAUGUGGGCGCCAACCUUACGUCAUUUGCCAAACAUGUUCUAGGGGAAGAUGACGACAUGCCAGAAAGUGAAAAACAAGCAGAAACGGUUAGGGAAAUUGCUGUAGUGAUUGGCUCUGUGCUUGCUACAGGUGUAAUGAUCUACGUAUAUUUGGUUGCCAAGCGUGCGGUGGAAGAAGUACAGCGUGAAAACGAAGAAUCUGUUGCGUUCUUAGGUGGUAGUGCAAACAUAGGUGGUGAAUCCUCAUAUGAAGAAGAAAAUCAAAUUGCAAUGGAAGAAGCUGGACUCACUGAUGAUUGGAUUGAAUGGAACGGAAGUGAUGAUGAUGAUGAUGAUAAUUCAAUACAACCUAAUCAUCCUUCUGGUGGGAAUUUAUAGGAUGAACACCCUUAUUAUUCUGUUUAUUUUAUUAUUAUUUUUUUUAUUUUCAUCGUGCAUCUUGUAUUUAUUUAUUUAGUUUUUUAUGUAGUUUGUACUUCAAUACAGCUUUAUUAUUUUACUUUUAUCCAUGUGAAUAAACUUCUUCAAAACUUAUAAAAUA